GAGAGAGAGCGAGCAGCUGCACCGCCGCCUUUUCCAUCCAGCAUCUCCGCCGACCAACACCGAACUCGAUUGGGAGCUCACAACUACACCCAGACCGUCCUCCGGCGACCGUAGUCCCCCCUCUUCCUCCUCAAAAUGUCCGUGGGCAGCGACUUUGGGAACCCGUUAAGAAAAUUCAAACUGGUCUUUCUCGGGGAGCAGAGCGUUGGAAAAACGUCUCUGAUCACACGGUUCAUGUAUGACAGCUUUGACAACACAUAUCAGGCCACAAUCGGGAUUGACUUCCUGUCGAAAACUAUGUACUUGGAAGAUCGAACGGUGAGGUUGCAGCUCUGGGACACAGCGGGACAGGAGCGCUUCAGGAGCCUCAUCCCCAGUUACAUCCGGGACUCCACUGUGGCUGUGGUGGUGUACGACAUAACAAACGUCAACUCAUUCCAGCAGACGUCAAAAUGGAUUGAUGACGUGAGAACAGAGAGAGGAAGUGAUGUCAUCAUUAUGCUCGUCGGAAACAAAACAGACUUAGCAGACAAGAGGCAAAUCACAAUUGAGGAGGGUGAACAGAGGGCUAAAGAGCUGAGUGUCAUGUUCAUAGAGACCAGCGCCAAGACGGGUUACAACGUCAAACAGCUGUUUCGUCGUGUUGCGGCUGCCCUCCCAGGGAUGGAAAGUAUGCAAGAAACAAGCAAAGAAGGGAUGAUCGACAUCAAGUUGGACAAACCGCAGGAGCCCCAGACUACUGAAGGCGGCUGCUCCUGUUAAUACUCGGCAUCUGUCCUGGAAAAACAAAACAAAACAUCAUUUACCCCACAUGCUUGUUAUGUUGCUUCCUAUUGGUUAACCUGCAGUUGACACGUUGAGAAUCUGGCCUCCUCGCCUGGUUGGAACUAGCAAUAUGUGAAUUUGGUUCAAAAGUAGUGUAGCCUACUUUAACAAAACUGCCAAAAAAUAAAUCCUACAACUUGCUAAAAAAAACAAAAACAACAACAAAAAAAACCAACAAAAACGUAGUAAAAAGAUCCCCAUGCUGCAUAUGUGUAUACAAUUUUUUUAAGUAGAAAAGAGAGUUUCCCCAGUUUCUUUUUGUAUUUUUGUAUCUUCAGGGAAUUUUCUCUGGAACUGUUGUUUUUUUGUUAGUUUUUUUUUUUUUUAAUGCAAAGCUCUGUAUGUGGGAGCUCGAGAGGAAGAGGUGGUUUAGACGCAUUCUUAUGGAUGCAGCUGUUGUUACGGGCAAAAAUAGAAAUCUAGAGCUCAUUGUGACCCAAACUUUAACCAUCACAAACUCUUAUUAACCCCUAACUUAGCUUUUUUUUGUAACUUUAGCCAUCUCCAGCCAGUCACAGCCCAUAACCCAGCUGGGAUCCACAAUUGUGCGCUAACAGACAAGCUGAACAGUAACAUCUUGAGUAUCUAAUGCAUGCCUAGUUUUUAAGCAUAGGUACUGUUUACCCGUGUACACGAGUUUGAAUAUGUAAAUGGUAACAUUACACCAGUGACUUGAUGCAUUCUGAUAAGUCUUUUUGUUUAUGAACUGGAUUUGUAUACUUGACUUCAGAAUAUCUUUUUGUCGUGCGUGCGUGUAAAUGUGUGCUUUCUGUAUAGGCAACAUUAGAAUGCAGUUCCAUAGAGGGCCACUGCCAAGUCAUGUCAUUCUCGCCACAUUAUGGCACCUUUUAAGUCACCGUUUGUUCGCAGUGUGUCAUAGACUUACUCACUCACCACGACAUGACAGCUGCUGUUGCAUUGUGUGAUAUCUUGUGAUUAUGAUAGUCUGCACAUACAGUGGACUGUAAGUGGAGAAUCAAAGCCCUCACCUUGCACGGCAAGACGUUUAACAGCAGAUUUUUGCUAUUCUGGAAUUGCAGAUAUCAGCAACAGUGUUUUGAGUAAUUUUCAAUACAUGAACAGUUACAGAUAUCAGAAUUUUCAGUUUUGACCAGUUGUUAUAAUAGUUGCCGAUAUCUCAGACAUCUCAGCAAAGCAUUUGCACACAGUUAUAGCGGCUGCUGUGGUGGAUGAGCUCAUUAGAAAAUGCAGUGAAAUACAAAGAGCUCAUCAGUGAGGAGUUUGUGGAGAGCGAGAGCUGUGUUCAUUUCAGUGUAAGAACUUCGGCCUCAGGCUGCUCUGACAUGGCGAUAAAAUGCCUUGUCAUGUGCAAUUAUGGUUACAGCCCCAUAGAAUGUCUGAAAAGCGAGCCGCCUCCACCUCCUACUGGCCAUAACCACAGAUAUCAGCAAUAUCAUCUCGCCUGGUCUAAAUUUGAGUUCAGGAUAUCUGAAAAUAUAUUUUGAUGACGCAGAAUUCCAGUUUUGAGAUAUCUACAACAUCAUGACCGGUUCAAACUUCAUUUAAGGUAUCUUGAAAUGAAAAUGUUAAUAUCCCGAGUUGAGGGACAUUGAAGAUAUCUUGAACUAGCAUUGCAAGAACAAAAUGGAGGUGGAUGGAAGGUGCAGCAUCACCAGUAAUGUGGCCGUCACACCUGAUUACUGUUGUGAAAAGGAAGUCCAGCCAGAAAGCAAAGCUCUCAUUUUACUGGCCUUCAUUCCAUCCCUCACUUAUUGCCAUGAGCUCUGAGUCGAGAGCCAGAAAAGGAGGUUGGAGAUACAAGCGACCAAAAUGAGUUUCCGCCAUAGAUUUGCUGAGCUCAGCCUCAGAGAUAAGGUGAAGAGCUCAGACGUCUGGGUGAAGCUCAGAGUAAAGCAUUGGCAUUGAAAGGAAUCAGCUGAGGUAGUUCAGAUCUGAUUAUGUCGCCUCCUGUGCACUUUUCUAUGGAGGUUUUCUGGUAAUGACCAACCGGUAGGAGACCCCGAGGUUGACCCACAACUUGGAGGAGGGAUAACAUCUCAUUUGGCCUGAUAACAGCUCGGGAUCCACUAGGAGGAAUUGGAAAACAUUGUUGGGAAAAAGAAGGUCUAGAAUGACCCGCUUAGUGUGCCUCCACCAUGCCCAAACCCUCGAUAAGCAAAGGAAAACAAGUGGAUGGAUGAAACUAGAGCCAUGACUAGUCAGAAUUCAUCUGUAGAUUCUUGAAACUGGAAUUACAGCGAGUCAUAAUUCAGUAUCUGCAGUUCACAUGAUGGAAACCUGCAGCUGAAUAGUAGAAAACCCCAAACACAUGAAUAAUAAAUGUGACGUCAUUGGUACUGGAGCAGUGACAGCGUUGAUAUCUCAAAUGCCGUGUUUGAUCAGAACAAACUGAAUUGUGGAUAUCUGCAGUACAUGUCCAGUCUAGCUAUAAAAUGUUAAACCGUCUUGCUGUGCACCUUCGACUGUAACGUAGGUCCUGUGAUCCAAGCAGACCUUUAACAUUGUAAAUCAACUUCAUUCCUGACAAAAGACUAAUUUGCACAUGUAGACCUUUCAGGUUAAUAUGAAGUGAUGAAAAGCUUCAUUGUAAAUGUACAGUCACUUAAUUCAAAGACAUGUCUGAUUGUCAUAGAAACUGUCACACAGCGUGUUCCCACUGACGUUUUCUCUGCUGCUUGUGUUGAAACUGACUACUGGCAUUAUGCAAUGUUGCAAUGGUGUUUUAAAUUUCUUUUUAUUUUCUUUUGUAUUCCUUUCAGAGCCAGGAAUCAUAAUAUACUGGUGGUGAGGUCAGCCAGUGUUGAGAACACUACUUUGAUUUGAAGUGAAAUCUUUACUGCACUUUUUAAGAACAUGUUUAAAGUUAGAGUGAUGAUGUAAGUCUUAGAAACAUGGUGACAAAAAAAAACAACAUUCAGAGUACUGUGUCUUAGAGUAGAGUGAAACAUAUAUGAAUUGUUCACACAUGUCCAAAAAGGGGAGCACUCUUGUGAAAACUAGUGAACCUUUCUAACCCACAUAAUGAGCCAAAUAAUAAUAUUAAUAAUAAUACGAGACAGAGGUGGAUCAACAGGAGAUCUUGACUGGAACACACUUUUUUGUGGGUUUGAGGAUAACAAAGACGAGUUGCAUUUCAAGUUCCCCCAAAAUUUAAAAAAUAAAGCCUUGUAAUGUACGAGCCCUCGAUUCUGCUGCCUUUUAUCUGAAAACAGGAAUGUUCUGCUCUCGUUGCCGAGCACACAGCCUUGUAAGAGGAGCACUUUUCAGAAGUGACUCAUGGGUGUUUAUUUUUUAAACGAGGACAAAAUGAUUGAUCGGUAGCUACAGACACUCGUUUGUAUUUCUUCCCCUCAGAUAUGAAAGUAGAGUCCAGUUGGUUUCCUGAAGGCCCGUUUUAACCAUCCCUGGAAAUGGACCAAGCGAUGCAACAAAUGUCUGGAUAAAGGGAGUCUGCAAUGGUGGAAGGGGGCAGCGGUUAUUCCCUGAAGGUGUUUCUGUCGCAGCUCUGUGCAGCAGACUGGAUCAGUCCAGAGCUGGCUCUCCAUUCACACUGUACAGAGAUCUAGCAUGUCUCUCCAAAUGAUUAAUAAAGAUGUCUUAUUACCAAACUCA